GUUCAUGGGUAAAGACUGCACAACGUGUCCCGUGAGAUCCUCUUGCGUUUCGAACCCGAUGCUUCGUGUUUUGUUCAAACUUUUCAAGACCAUACUCAAUUAAAUUAAAUACAAAUAGGAGAAAAAAAACAAGAGAGAUGGUACGAACAAGACCUGUCUGGUUUGAAAUUUGGAAUUUUUCAAAUUAUAUAACCAAAUAAUAAAUGAAAUUAAUUUAAAAAAACUCCUCGAGACGAACAUCUUCCCCACCACCUUCUUCUUCUUUUUCAACUCAAAAAAAACUUCUAUCUUUCUCUCCUAGAUCAAAUUAAAAAAUUAACUUUUGUGGGUUCUGAUCAUAUGUUCUUUAAUGGUUGAUAUGAUUCUCAUUGGUUGCUGCUCUAGGCUAGGCUUCUACCUUUCUUGAGGGUCCCAUUAGUGUGAUCUCCUCAGAUCUGAUUGGUCCGGUUCUAUUUUUUUUAUUUUGUUUUGGAGAUUUUUUUUUUCUAGUUGUUGUGUAAGUUCGGACAGGAGACCCAGAAACCUUCAAAUAAAAAAAUGUUGACACACGACAGAGAUGAAGAACUCUCUAUGUUCCUUGAGAUGCGUCGACGCGAGAAAGAACGUAGAGGAGAAUCUCUUUUAACAGGAUCUGAUAAUACUAGUAUCAACGGAGCGUUGACGGCUGCGCUCUCCGGUGUCUCUGAAACGGUGUCGUCUCAACGCUAUCCUCUACGGAGAACCGCUGCCGAGAACUUCUUGUACUCAGAGAAUGAAAAAACCGAUUACGAUUGGCUGCUUACGCCUCCGGGCACGCCUCAGUUUGAGAAAGAGUCACAUAGGAGCGUAAUGGAACAGAGUGAGGCUCCCAGUUCUCGCCCCACGGCUCUUAAAUCUCGGCUAGGGAACUGCCGUGAAGAUAUCGUCUCAGGGAACAAUAAUAAGCUUCAAAUGUCAUCCUCGUCCUCUGUAGCUGGACUCAGAAGACCGUCUUCAUCGGGUAGCUCAAGGUCUACAACCCCAACCACCUCCACAACAAGGCCUGUGACCACCACCAGAGCUUCAACCUCUAGAUCCUCAACACCCACCUCACGUGCCACUUUAACUGCCGCACGUGCUACUACCUCUACAACAGCUCCACGCACCACAACAUCAGCUAGAUCAGCUACUCCAACUCGGAGCACGACUCAACCUUCUUCCGCACCUUCUAAAAAGCCUGUAUCAAGGCCGGCCACGCCAACCCGCAGGUCUCCAACCCCGACAGGUCCAUCAAUGGUUUCUAGUAAAGCUCCGUCUCGAGGGACUUCUCCAACUCCAACCCCGACCAAUUCAAUAGUUUCAAGUAAAGCUCCGUCUCGAGGGACUUCUCCAACUCCAGCUCUGAAGUCAUCGCAGCCUUGGAAGCCGCGGGAGAUGCCUGGUUUCUCUUUAGAAGCCCCACCGAAUCUGAGGACCUCUGUAUCAGACAGACCAGUCUCAGCUACAAGAGGCAGACCUGGAGCAGCCUCAGCACCAGGCUCAAGAUCAAACUCCAUAGAACGUGGCAACGGCCCCACUGGUAAUGGCGUUGGACAUGUACGAAGACAAUCUUGCUCCCCGUCAAGAGGCCGGGCUCCUAUAGGGAACACCAACGGCAACGGGAGCCUCCAAGGAGCACGUGGACGAGGAAAGGCCAACAACGGAGAUGGCCCAGUGGCUAUGGGUAAUAAAAUGGUCGAGAGAGUGGUGAAUAUGAGGAAACUAGGUCCACCACGGCUAACAGAGAGCGGCGGUCGAGGAAACGCUAAAUCUAGCUCUGCUUUUAAUAGCCUUGGCUAUGGGAGAAACCUCUCCAAGAGCUCAAUAGACAUGGCCUUACGACAUAUGGAUAUAAGACGAGGAAUGACGGGGAAUCUCCGGCCGCUUGUGACGAAAGUUCCGGCAUCAUCAAUGUACAGCGUGAGAAGCCGGUCGAACAGUGUCACCAACUCUCCGGUGGCUACGAGCAGCACCGUCAGCUCAUCCGAACCGAACUUGGACAGCAUCAACAUUUUGUGCUUAGAUGGGAACGAUGCCGAAAACGAUGAUCUUCUCAGCGAGAGAAGCUUUUCUUCUCCGCGAGACCAGUUCCCCAAGCUCACAUCUUGACCUAUUAUUACAAUAAUAUAUAAUAUGUGUUCUUGUUUCUGUUACCAUACUUAAACAACGUGUUUGUAAUCGAUUGUCCGUAAAGUCUAUGAGCUCAGGUAUCAAAUGUCUUUUUUUUUUCUUUCAUGAAACUUUCCUCACAGUGCAAAUAGAGAUAAUAUAAUAUGAAAUGACUACGACAUAACAAAAAUCAUUUGCUCUGACCUCUCUCUACAUAUUUCCGAUUGCCGACUCCGGCUGCUCUUAUAGAGUCGGAGUCGGGUGUAGUUUUUGUUGAUCUAUAUCAUGGUUUUGAAAGAUCAACAGAUUAUCUCUCCUUCUACUCAACGGUCAGAUGAUCCGAUCAUGAUCGGAGUGUUUGAGGGAUGUUUGUAGAUCUUUCUCGUUACAGCACUUUUCUCAUCUAGUUGUUUUGGUGGGGAUUAUGACCUACCUGUGCAGAUCUGAUCUUCAUAGAAUCUUUCGUUGGUUGUGUGAUUUUGCAUGUUUGGAUUCGCGAGGUCUUUGUUGUCUUCUCCGGUUCGAUCUUCUACCUUACUGUUCUUUGCAUGCGGUGGAAUCCGGGGUUGAUUUGAUUCGCUCCUUGUCAUUACCAAUUGAUCUGAUCGAGAUCUUCACUUUCAUCAAGCUUCAAUUUGGCGAUCUCAAGUCGUUCGUGACAACGCCGUUCCGGUUUGAAGACUUAGAAAUGGUUCGUCUUCAUGUUAUGCUGGUUCUUGUUGUUUGGGUUCUCAAUUGUCUGGACUAUUCACUAUGGGAGGUCUCUCCACGGUGGUUGAUCAAGUUAUCAUCAUCGUUUGUUCUUCUCAAAGGAUCCGAAGACUGCAUGCAUUUUUGCUCAUCUUUUUAUGAAUCUGCUGUUUUGUCUUUUGCUUAACUAGAUGUUAUAGAGUGCUGUUUUAUAUUAUUGUCUUGUUAAAUGUUUUUUCUUUUCAUCA